AUGUAUAUCGUCUACCUGGCGUACCACUAUGAGAAGGGGCCAGUUGAUUUGCCUAUUCCGGAAGAAUGGGUGCUUGCUUUUGUGCAUGAUUUUGUGAAAGCUGAGGUUCAGUGGGAUGUUUGCCGUCUCCUGGAUUUUAUCCCUAAGUUGGUUAUUGAAGGAGAUUAUACUUAUAGUGUGCUUGUGCCUCCUUUGGAUAGGUUGGAGGAAGACCAUUUUGUGCAGAACUUUACUCUAGAUGGCAUUUUUAGCACGAAAUCUUCCUGCCAACUGGUUCUAGGUCAUGUUAAUCAGGUGCAUGAUGAUCUAGUUUGGAAGAAGCUUAGGCACUGGAAUGGCCAUCCUAUAGAGAGAAUGUUUCUGUCGAAAAAUCUGCAUCAUGGCCUUCCAACAAAUUUGCUCAGAGCUCUUGGAUGCAUGACUGAUGGUAACCUCUGUCCUUUAUGUGCUCAGUGCUGGUGGCGACUGGCGAGGAAUUGGAGAAUGCAUCUUCAAGAUUGCAGGGUGGUUAAUGCUAAAAGAUUUGAUCUCUAA